ACCGCGUCUUCCUUUUCCCUUGCUCUGUUUUUUCCUCUCCUUUGUUCCUCUCCGCUCUGCUUCCCCCCACCCCUCCAUUCACGAGACUGCAUAAAUACUCAUCCUCCCCUGUUUCACCCCACCCACAUCUCUCCCUCUCUCUGUCUCUCUCCGGAAGCCAUGGCUGUCCGCAGAAGCUCCGUCGUCGUCACCCUACCCUUCUUCUUGUUCUGCUGCUUCUGCUCUGUUUCCCUCUCGAAGCAAGAACAGAGCCACCAUAACCAGAACAAGUCGUCGUCGUUCUCUCUCUCUUUCCCUCUCCAAUCCCACCCUCUCCCCCACCACAAGCUCCAUUCUCUCCGCCCAUCUCUCGCCUCCGCCGCCGUGGCCGUCAAGUCUCCGUUCAAGUUCUCCAUGGUCCCGGUCGUGUCCAUCCCCAUCGGGACUCCCCCGCAGACCCAGGACAUGAUCCUCGACACCGGGAGCCAGCUCUCCUGGAUCCAGUGCCACGGCAAGGGCAAGAAGGCGGCGGCGGGGGGGGCGGCUGGGCAGCCGCCGUCGCCGUCGACGGCGACGUUCGACCCGUCCCUGUCCUCCUCCUUCUCGGUCCUCCCCUGCAACCACCCGCUCUGCAAGCCGCGCACCCCCGACUUCACCCUCCCGACGUCGUGCGACCAGAACCGGCUCUGCCACUACUCCUACUUCUACGCCGACGGCACCCUCGCCGAGGGCAACCUCGUCCGCGAGAAGUUCACCUUCUCGACCACCCAGACCACCCCUCCCCUCAUCCUCGGCUGCGCCACCAGCUCCGGCGACGACAAGGGCAUUCUGGGGAUGAACCUCGGCCGCCUCUCGUUCCCCUCGCAGGCCAAGGUGUCCAAGUUCUCGUACUGCGUGCCCGCCCGCGCCUCCCGAUUCGGGCCGUCCCCGACCGGGUCGCUGUACCUCGGCGACAACCCGAACUCCGGGGCGUUCCAGUACAUCGGCCUCAUGACCUUCGGCCAAAGCCAACGGAUGCCGAACCUGGACCCGCUCGCCUACACGGUGGCAAUGCAGGGGAUCAGGAUCGGGACCCGGCGCCUCAGCAUACCUCAGACGGCUUUCCGGCCCGACGCGAGCGGGUCGGGCCAGACCAUGAUCGACUCGGGCUCCGAGUUCACCUACCUGGUGGAUGAGGCCUACGAUAAGGUAAGGGAGGAAGUGGUGAGGCUCGUGGGACCGCGAAUGAAGAAGGGGUACGUGUACGGUGGAGUGGCGGACAUGUGCUUCGACGGCGAUGCCGCCGCGAUCGGGCAGUCCAUAGGCGACGUGGCCUUCGAGUUCGAGAAGGGGGUGGAGAUCGUGGUGGCCAAGGAGAAGGUCCUGGCCGAGGUGGACGGCGGGGUCCACUGCAUGGCCGUCGGGAGGUCCAGCAUGCUCGGCGCCGCGAGCAACAUCAUUGGCAACUUCCACCAGCAGGACCUGUGGGUCGAGUUCGACCCGGGCAACCGCCGAGUCGGCUUUGGCAGGGCUGACUGCAGCAGAUCAUAGGACCCCGGAACCUCAGCCUCGACGGCAACUUUUAUGUCACGUGACGUGCCCAUUUGGGGUUUAUCCACCACAUGUCACGUGAUAUAAGCGAUGCCUGAAUGAGUUAAUCCCUCUGGAGGAAGGCUCGGAGUACAUGGAAAUUGACAUGGUUUGUGCAGCCUAGGAGUAAAUAAAGGGAGUGGGGUUUGUGUUGGACAAUGAUAUGGAGGAGGAGAUGGAUGUCGUGAUUAAAGAGGUUUGUCCUACAAUCUGCAGAUGGAAAUUAAGACAACAUGGGCCAUGCAAAUUGGCAAGAUUAGUGUUGGUCCCCGCCCUUUUUUUGGGGGUUUUUUGGUGUGUUCUGUAAUUGUAUGUGUAUCUAGAGUGACCUAGAGAGGGCUUGUUACAGCAUUAUAUAUAUAUGUGAAUAUGACAGUGUACAAGUAAAGUACUAAUCUUGAGUGA